AUGGCUUCAAUCGUUAAUACAACAUCAACCAACUCAACAUUAACAUCAACAUACUCAUAUCCACCAACAGUUCAAACAGGACCAGUUGGGGAACACGAUCAACCAUAUGCUCUCUAUGGACAUUGGGGUAUUACUUGGCUUUAUCAAUUAACUACUGAUGAGUAUGCUUGGAAUGACUACAUCAAACGUAGUACGGACUUGGUCGAAUAUGGUACGUUCCAAAGUAAAAAUAAUCAUGAAAAAGUGGCGACAUGGGAAGAAGCUCUGGCUUCACGUACAACUCUGAAAGAUACGAAGUCUAAAAGUAAGAAUAAUUAUAAAGUUGCUACAGAUAAACGGCAAAAAAGUCAAUUAUUGGUUGGUAAUAUGCCAGCCAUCGUUUUAUUGAAUCCAGAGGACGCUGGAAGUUUAUUACGAGAGCCUAAGACAGAUGAAGAAAUACACGAACGGGCUUACUGGGACAAAAAUAGUUUCAAGAUUAUAAUGAAGGAAGGUGAAUAUAUAUAUAAAGCACCAGAUCCAGAACCGUAUGACGACGCGAACUAG